AUGGCUCCAGGCGCCGCCGGUGCCGCGCGGCUUGCGCCCCUGGCCGUGCUCUGGACUCUGCUGCCGGGGCCUGGAGGUGCCAGGACAUCAAUACAUCCUUCAAAAGCCAUCAUACCCCGUGGAGGCUCCCUGAGGGUGAACUGCAGUAUGUCCUGUGACCAAAAGACAACGUUUGGCCUAGAGACUGAAUUAACCAAGAAGGUGGUGAGCCAUGGGAACAACUGGAAGGUUUUUGAACUGAGUGAUGUGCAAGAAGACAUCAACCUGUUGUGCUACUCAAACUGUCACAAGGAACAGACAAUAGCUUCGAUGAACCUCACCGUAUACUGGAUCCCGGAGCGCGUGGAGCUGUCUCCCCUGCCCCUCUGGCAGCCUGUGGGUGAAGAACUUGAGCUGAGCUGCCUGGUGUAUGGCGGGGCCCCCAGGGACCACCUCUCCGUGGUGCUGCUCUCCAAGGAGGAGCUGGGCCGGCAGCCAGUGGGAAAGGGGGAGCCCACCGAGGUCAUGUUCACGGUGCAGCCAAGAAGAGAGGACCAUGGCAUCAAUUUCUCUUGCCGCUGGGAACUGGACCUGCGGUCACAAGGGCUGGAACUCUUCCAGAACACCUCGGCCCCCAGGAAGCUCCAGACCUAUGUCCUGCCAUCGACCGACCCGCACCUUGAGGCCCCCCGGGUUGUGGAAGCAGGCUCACGGUGGCUGGUGAAGUGCACGCUGGAUAGACUAUUCCCAGCCUGGGACGCUGAGGUCUACCUGGUGCUGGGGGAGCAGAGGCUGGAAACCAGCAUCACGUACCAUGAUCACUCCGUCUUGGCUGAGGCCUGGAUCGAGGGAAACGAGGAGGAAGAGGGCACCACGUCCUUGAAGUGUUCAGUGAGUCUGGGAAACGAGAUCCGGAAGACGCGAGAGAGCGUGAGCAUCUACAGCGUCCCGGCUCUCUCCCGGCCGCUGAGCCCACCCGAGGUCUCAGAAUGGACUACGGUGACCGUGGAGUGCGAGGCCCGUGCUGCCACUGUGGUGACGCUGAACGGAGACCUGGCUGGGCCUCUGGGCCCGAGGGCCCAAUUGCAGCUCAACGCCAGUGCCGAGGACAGUGGGCGCAGUACCUCCUGCUCUGCUGAGCUGGAGAUGACUGGGCUGGUGGUCCAGAAACACCGGUCCCUGGAGCUCCGUGUCCUGUGUGAGUGAGGCCGCUGGACAAGGACCCCUAAGCUCCAAGCCCACCCACCCCCACCCUGACCCUGGUGAGGCCCUUACUCAAAUUCCCACCUAAGUCUUCUUACGCAUAGACCCAGAAGGUGAGUGGUGUCCAGAUCCCUGAUCUACCCAAUUCCCCCCACUCCACAUUUGCUGUGUUUCUUCAGAAGGCCCCCGACUAGACCAGUGGGUUUGCCUGGGAAACUGGUCGUGGCAGGAAGGCUUGGAGGAGACCCUGAAGUGCGAGGCCCAGGGGAACCCAAUCCCCAAGCUGAACUGCAGCCAGAAAGAGGACAGGGCUUCGCUGCCCAUCGGGGAUCUGAGGCCCAUCAAGCGGGAGGUGGCGAGCACCUACCUGUGUCGGGCCACCAGCGCUCGUGGUGAAGUCACCCAUGAAGUGGUCCUGAACGUGCUCUGUGAGUACUGGAGUUUGGGGCCACGAAGGGACUCAGAGCAUCCACUGCAGGCACAAGGGGUUCAAUCCCUGGUUGGGGUGCUGAGAUCCCAGAAGCUGUAUGAUCAGG